AAGUAAAGUGAAGUAAUGAAUGAGUCAUAGAAUAAUUAAUUAAUAUUUUAAGUAAUAACGUGAAGCAAUUAUUCGUAAUGGAAUGAAGCAUUCGUAACAUCGUAAGUACCUGUAUAAAAAUUGUGAUUGAUCUUCUUACGGUUAAAAAAAGAAGAAAAUCUCGGUUCUUAGACGGGUUUCAAGAUUAUGAAACGAUGAAAAUAUUGCGAUUCCGGAGUCCGGACUAUAGGCGCAUAUUCACCGCAUGACUGCAUCGCACUCGAACGAAUGAUAUAAUUGAGAAGCGAGUUAGGAGUAACUCGUACUCGUACAUUGAAGACUGAAGAGUUACGCUGCUUUGCUUAUAUGUAUGAGAAGAAGACGAAGUAGAGUAGAGUAGCAGAAGCAUCAGCAUCAGCUAGAAAAGUGAAAGAACAUGCCUACCCCUUCGUAAUGAAAUUUUAAAUCGGGGGAAUAACUCGGUGGUGACUAACCGUUACCAUGGAUACGAGAACGCCGUCUAGUGUGAUGUUAUGCCAGACCCUAAAUGAGAGAUAUGCCAUCAUUGCGGAAGUGCAUUUCUCUUUUUCGUCAGCGCAACACUAAUAAUUGUAUGUGUAAUUGUAAGCUGUGCCGUGUUUAUAGUACCGAACCGAUCAUUUUUCUCACUCGGACAAAAUGUCACAUGUUUCUAACGCGGUAGUACCUUCGUAAAGAAAACGUCGCUGGCAUCCUGAGAUGUAUUUUGUCGAUUAUAGUCAUUUUGCAUUAAUGGCAAAUGUUAUACCUUCGAUUUUACGGCCGUCAUCUUUGAUACCACCUAUAGCCACCUUUGAUUCUCCUGGUUCCGGUUUGGAUACGUCUACCGCUACGGAUCAAGAUCACGAUUUACGCAAACAAUUGCUCAACGAUAAAUGGCGACAGUUGUUUGACAAGUAUGAUCCGGAAGGAUUUGGUGAAAUACCAUGGGACGAAUUUAUUCGACUGCUCGAUAUUCCAGAAUUUGCGGCUGAAAUAACACCCAAUAAGAAAGAAAUUCUGAUCGAACGUGCUUUGGAACGAAAAUCGCCCGCUAUUACGUUUCAAGAUUUCGUCAACAUAAUGAGUGGAAAAAGAAGGCGCAGCUUUAAAUGUGCCGUUCAUCAAAGAGAUCGAGAAAUAAGCAGCGAAAACGAUUUUCACAUCAUCAUCGAAAAGCCUACGGUAUUUCGCAGAAUGGUGCAUUUAAUAGCGGCCGAAAUUUUGACCGAUGAACGCGAUCGGAAAUAUUAUGCCGAUCAUUACACGUGUUGCCCACCUCCGCUAUUUAUUAUUUUGAUUACAUUUAUUGAGCUCGGCGUAUUCACAUAUUACACGGUGACAACGGGAGAAAUGAACGCUUCUGGUCCAGUUCCUGACAGUAUAUUCGUGUACAGACCCGAUAAAAAAAUACAAAUUUGGAGGUUUAUUUUUUACACAGUACUACACGCCGGUUGGCUGCAUUUACUUUUUAAUUUGUUAGUACAAUUAUCGGUGGGGCUUCCGUUAGAAAUGGUACACGGCUCAUUAAGGAUAGGAGUUGUAUACAUGGCCGGAGUUUUAGCUGGCUCAUUAGGCACUUCCGUUUUCGACGCAGAUGUUUGCUUAGUCGGAGCUUCGGGAGGCGUUUAUGCUUUAUUAGCUGCUCAUCUCGCUAACGUAUUGUUGAAUUUCCAUCAUAUGCAGUUCGGUAUCGUUCGCUUGAUCGGAAUAUUAUUCGUCGCCAGCGUCGAUGUCGGUCUGGCAGUUUACGAUCGCUACGCAUCGGCUCAAGAUCGGUAUUCGGCGAGUACACACAUGUCCGAAGGACCGGUGAGUUACGCUGCUCAUCUAAUGGGCGCUUUUGCCGGAUUAACGAUCGGCUUAGCCGUGCUCAAAAACUUCGAACAAAAGCUACACGAGCAGCUGAUAUGGUGGAUAGCUUUAGCGUUGUAUGUGAUAUUGGCCACUUGCGCUAUUAUUUAUAAUAUUCUGCAUCCUUAUCCUCCUUCCUACGAAGCGACCUAUUAGUAGCCGCCAAUGUGAUAUUUUUACGCCUAUUUGUAUUUUGUCCUCUGUUUUUUUCCUUUUCUUUUCUUUUCUUUCUUUUUUUUUUUGAUUUUUUCUCGUUUUUCGUUCCUUUUGAAUAUAUCGUUGUGAUUUUUGUUCGUCUGCGCUAUAUGUAUGUUUAUUGUUCGUAAAUAUUCAUUUAUAUGCUAUUAGAGAUAGGCGGUUGGUUUAUUUUUAUUUUUCAAUUCGGCCCCCUCUCCCCCGCCUAUUAAAUCACUGCCCGAAUAUAAUAUUAUGGUACGCAGCAGUUUUUUUUCACUUCGUCGCAUCUGCAUCGUGCAGCUAUAUAAAUUAACAAAAUGAAAAUUGACCGAGUUGUUUUUUUUUGACAUUUUUUUAUUUGUAUUUUGUUUUUUUUUUUUUUAUUAUUAUUUAUUUGUUAAUUUGUUAACGUUCUACGUAUUUUUUCCCCUUUUCGUAAUCGUGUUGUAUUUUUUCCCCUCUUUUCAACGCCGCUGAUUGAGCUUUUGGCAUUCGUUCGUUAGGUACGUUUAUCGCCUAAAUUAUUACUAAUCGAGUAAGGAAAAAAAAACAUGUAAAAUUUUUACAUUUGAAAUGUUUCAGUCGUACGUUACAAACUUGGUAUUUACCGCAAAAUUAUUACGAUAAUCGAUGCGAGUUUUCGUUGAAUUUUUCAUUACUUAUUUAAUUAAUUAGGGUUUUUCACCGCAAAAGCGAUUCAAACUAUUGAAAAUAUCGUUCGAAAAAGUGAAUUAACGAAUAAUAAUUUCGAUUACAAAACGAAUGUAAUUUGAGUUCUUGAAAGUAUACUCGAUUCGUGAUUUGUAAUUUGUAUUUUAUUCGUGUCCGAGUCAUCCGUUUAAAUACAGUAUAGCUUUGUUUAUUUCGAAUCUCGCUAUUUUUUGUAAUACAUUAAUAUUCGUCGAGUGAAAAUCACGUUGUAUCAUUUUUGAGUUUUUUUUUUUUCACAAGAACCUUUUUUUCCCCUAUUCAUCUGUCAUCAAAAUGUUCUAAAUUUUUCGUUGGCAGGUCCGAAAUUGAUUCUAUUUCCGAUUCGUAUUCGUAAAAUUCAAGAUUUAAAUGGUGAAAACGUAUCGCACUAUGAAUUAUUUUCGAACUCGAUACACGAGCAUGUAAACUUUUCAAAAAAGCGAUGAUUUUAAAUUCAGUACCAACUUCUAUUUUUUUAUUUAUUCAUUUAUUUAUUUAUUUUUUUUUGGUUCGAAUCCGAUGAAAAUGCUCGUUACGAGUAUUUUUCCUGUUCGUGAAUCUAUCGUCUAUGUAUUUUCUUUGGAUAUGUAGUAUACAUAUUUUGUGAGGGACGAACAAUCCAGACUCGAAAGGUAGAAAAUUUCUAAUAAUUUAUUUAGGUAUAGUCGAUAUAAGG